GAUAAGGCUGCCCCACUGGGCAUGAGGACAGAGCUGGAAGCUGGGGCCUGUGGGUUCUCCGGACCACACCCCAACACGGACAAGCAGAAUUCGGAACAGUCACGCAGCCACGCCUCGGCCGAUAGGAUGUCGUCAGCCGUGUCCCAGAACCCCAGAAUGUCCUCCCAUGUCUCCAAAUCCAUGAAAGAGUUGUCUUACCUGAAGGUACCUCAGGACCCUUCCUGCAAAGACAGACAGGGACACCCAACCACCAUCAUUCUCUGCAAGUCACAGAGCAGCCAGGUUGCCGUGGGGCCCAAGGAGCACAACAUGUUCAUGGAAGAAACCUACAGUGCGGCCAUUUGCUUCAAGAUGCUCCAGGACCUGAAUGGUUCAGACCCUCGAGGCCUGAAGUACAUCAUUAAGAAGAUCAAGAACAUGGCUCACGAGGCCCCCAACCUGGUGCUGGAAACUAUCCAUGACUACUUUGUGAACAACCCAGAGAGACUCCAAAGUCAUUGCGGACAUGAGACCUUUACCCGCACGCAGUCUUCUGCAGAGUCCCCCGUGCGUCUGCCCGCCCCGCAGUUCCCCAAGAAGCUGGAAGAGGUAUACCAGGACGCGGCCAGCAACGUGCUGCUGGCCAUCUGUAGGCCGUGGCAGGUGGUGGCCCAGCACCUGGAGACGGAGGUCCUGACAGGCGUCUUCCCGCACCGCAGCCUGCUCUACGUGAUGGGCAUCCUGACCUCUAACGAGUCAAUCUUCCAGAAGGGAGAGAAGGCAUGCUGGGAAAAGCAGCUGGCCCAGAUGGCGGGAAAGUCCGUCCAGUUCCUGAACAUGGACAAGUGGUCCAAGGAGCUGUUGUCGGCACUCACCAAGCCUGACCAGACGCAUCAGGAACAGCCCCCGGAGAAGACCUUUCUGUUCAUCUACUACGGGCUGAUCCUUCAAAACGAGGACAAUGCCACCACUGUCAGGACACACCUGAGAACCCUCCUGGACACAUCCCACCAGUGGCCCAAGCAGCGGGAGGGUAUCGCGCUCACCGUCGGGCUGGCCGCGACCCGCCACCUGGACCACGUCUGGGCCGUCCUAGAGCAGUGUGGCCGGAGCACACCCGUUAAAUGGAGCCUCCACAGCUUCUGCCUGAAGGGUCAGAAAUCAGAGGACCCAAAGUGGAGGUGGGCCAGCAGCACCAUGCUCCUCGCCUACGGUCAGAUGGCGGUCAAGGCCAAGGCGCACAUCCUCCCGUGGGUGGACAACAUCUUGUCACGGAUGGUCUUCUACUUCCACUACAGCUCCUGGGACGAGACCUUGAAGCAGAGCUUCCUCACCGCCAUCUUCAUGCUGGUGGGGGCCAUCAGCCGCAAUGAGGGGGCCCACAGCUACGAGUUCUCCCAGAUCUCAGAGCUUCUUGAGUGUCUGAUGGUCUUGAUGGAGAAGGAACCCCAGGACACACUGUGCACGUCAACUUGCCAGCAGACCAUUCACAUCAUCUCCAGCCUCUGUAAACUGAGGCCGCCCCUGGACUUGAAGAGGAAAUCACGGCUUCUGUCCGUCUGCCUCCGCAGUGUGUUCGCCCUGCCACUGAUGGACGUCCUGAAGAAACACACCUGCCUCUUCCUGGAGCCACCCAACAUACAGACCCUCUACAACAAGACCUUGGAGGCCCUGGACCAGAUGCUGCAGAGCCUCAUCAUGCAGAACCCUACGGCCGACGAGCUGCACUUCCUGCUGUCGCACAUGUACACCUGGCUGGCGUCGGAGAAGACACACGAGCGGCAGCGGGCUGUGCACAGCUGCGUGGCCCUCCUCGGAUUCCUGAGCCACGACCUCUACCUGGAUACAAAAGAGGACUUCAGGAGGACUGGGCAGCUGGUGGGCGUGCUGGGGAUUUUGUGCCAGGACCCUGACAAGGCCACCCGGCACUCCAGCCUGGAAGGGGUGGGCCACCUCUACCAGCUCCUGAUGCGCCAGAGAGCGAGGGAACUUCCAAACGUGGAGGCGCAGGCCCCCAAGCAGCUCUCCCAGGCCAGCGAGGAUGGGGCCCCCAUCUGGAGCAGCGGAGACCAGCAGACAGCUCCCCCCACCCCCCGUGAGAUGGCAUUCCCGAAGGACCACAUCUUCCAGCUUGGCAGCUCCCAAGUCAUCAAGGAGGUCAUGAAGCAUCUCACGGUGGCAGAGCUGACCGACCUCAUCUGGACAGCCAUCGACGGACUGGGAUCCCCCAGCUCCUUCCGCGUGCAGGCGGCCGCCGACAUGCUGCUCCUCGCCAUCCAGGAGCACGGGGCCGAGCUGGAGACGGUUGCCAAGCUGGGCCGAGCCAUUCACUUGCAGCUCUGCUCUGUCCACAUCCCCCAAGCCAAGGAAGUCGCCCUGCACGCCAUCACCCUGCUAGCCCGGAACCACACCUCGGAGCUGGUGACCACCUUCCUGGACCCCUCCCUAACCUUGGACAGGUGCCCGGCCCCACCCUCCAUCCUCCCCCCGGCGGGGAACAGGGCCCCACCCCCAGCUCUUCCCUCCUGCCUGCCCCCUCACGGCGCACAGGGACCCCCCACAGGCCUGGAGGAGCGCCCUCUGCAGGACCCACAGGACCACUCCCACUCACCGGUGCGCGCCUUCGUGGCCACCUCCGCCUACCGCCAAACACAAACUGCACCGGCAAGGGGCGCGGCCGUCCUGAUCCGCUCCUCCUUGUUCGCUGUGCACCCCUGCCCCUGGGCGCUGCCCUCCUGGGAGGGUCUGCGCGGCCACCACCUUACUCCAGCCGGCAGGCACACCCCACCCUUUGAGGGCACGACCCACAGACACAGCUUCUGGGGGGCAGACCAGGGCAGGAGCACAGCUGCCCUGUGCGCAGAGCUGGGGCGGGAUCCCAGCGGAGUUAGGGGGACUAUGCCGGGCAGACACCCAGGCCGGGACGGGGGCUGGGGAGGGGCAUCGGAGGGAGGGCCUGAGAUUGUUCCGGGUCCAACCCACAGGGCCGGGGUAGGGCGCAGGAGCCCCCACUCCUGGCACGCUCGGCCCACCGGCGCCCCUGCCCCCCAGGGAAGCCUGCUCCAAAGACAGAUGCCGGCCUUUCUCAACGGCUUCUUCCAGAACAGCGAGCAGGUGGUUGUGCGGGUCAUGGGCACCGUGUCGGACGUGCUGCACCGCCUGGGCGCCAACGGCGCAGCCGCGCAAAGCCUGGUGGCCAUCAACGCCCGCUCCUUUUUCGACGACGAGCGGGACGGGAUCCGGGCGGCGGCCAUGGCGUUGUUCGGGGACCUGGUGGCAGCAGCGGCAGGCAGGGAGCUGAUCGGCCUGCGAACCCAGGUGCACCAGAGCCUGGUGCCCCUGCUCCUGCACCUGAAGGACCGCUGUCCGGCCGUCGUCACGCAAGCCAAGUUCGCCCUGUACCGCUGCGCGGUGCUGCUCCGCUGGCGGCUUCGGCACACCCUCUUCUGCACGCUGGCCUGGGAGAGGGGCCUCAGCGCCCGCCACUUCCUCUGGACCUGCCUGAUGACCCACAGCCAGGAGGAGUUCAGCAUCCACUUGGCGCAGGCCCUCAGCUACCUGCACAGCCGCCACCACCACAUCAAGACCUGGGCUGCGCUCUUCAUAGGGUACAACAUCUGCUACCACCCCCAGGCCGUGUCCCAGGUGGUGAACAGCAUGGACACAAACCUGUUGCUCUGCACUUUUGAAGAUCUCAAAAGAGACCCAGAGCCCGGCAUCCGGGAAUUUGCCAGCAGGCAGCUGUCUUUCCUUCAGGAGAUGGCCGCCAGACCGCAGUGACCUCCAGCCGUCCUCCCUCACCCUCCUCCUCCCCUGUGCCCACCGAAUUGGUCAACCCUGCCCCGUCCACACGGAGCUUGGAUGCAUAAGAUGUUUCCAUUUGAAAAAAAG